UCUACGCGGGAAGCGCCAAGAUGGCGGCAGAGGGAAGCAGCGGCCCCGGCACCUGGACUCCUGGGGCUGUGACGGCGGCGGCAGCCAGCAAACACAACGUCACCAGUUUCCAGAGAAGGGGUCCGAGAGCCAGCGGCACCGAGAGCGGCGGUUGUCGACUCGUGUCCAUCGCAGGCACACGACCGUCGGUGCGGAACGGACAGCUGCUGGUAUCAACCGGGCUUCCAGCCCUGGACCAGCUCUUAGGUGGAGGUUUGGCUGUUGGAACAGUUCUUCUUAUUGAAGAGGAUAAAUAUAAUACUUAUUCUCCUUUGCUCUUCAAGUAUUUCCUGGCAGAAGGAAUCGUCGCUGGGCAUACUUCAUUGGUCGCAUCUGCAAAAGAAGACCCUGCUGACAUAUUACAGGGACUUCCUGCACCGUUACUUGAUGAUAAUUGUAAAAAAGAACUUGGUGAAGAUGUACAUAAUCAUGAAACAUCAGAAUUUAACAGUAAGAUGAAAAUAGCUUGGCGUUAUCAGCUGUUACCUAAGAUGGAGGCUGGACCAGUAUCAUCUUCAAAAUUUGGUCACUAUUAUGAUGCAUCAAAAAAAAUACCACGAGAAUUAAUAGAGGCUUCAAAAUGGCAUGGAUUUUUUCUUCCAGAAAAAAUAUCUUCAACUCUUAAUGAAGAACCCUGUUCUUUGACCCCUGGCUACAUAAAGCUGCUUCAGUUUAUUCAGAAAAUCAUUUAUGAGGAAGGAUUUGAUGGAUCCAAUCCCCAGAAAAAACAGAAAAACAUUUUACGAAUAGCAAUCCAGAGUCUUGGUUCACCUUUGUGGGGAGAUGAUGUCUGCUGUACAGAAAACUGUGACAACAGUCACAGCCUUACAAAAUUCCUCUACAUUCUCCGUGGUCUUCUACGCACCUCUCUUUCAGCCUGCCUCAUCACUGUGCCAACACAUCUCAUCCAGAAUAAAGCAAUUAUUGCUCGUAUUACAAACUUGUCAGAUACAGUCAUUCAUCUGGAGUCGUUUAUUGGUUCUAACAGAGAAACCAACCCAUUAUAUAAAGAUUAUCAAGGUUUGAUUCACAUACGUCAGAUUCCUCGGCUUAAUAACUUGACGUGUGAUGUGUCAGAUGUCAAAGACUUAGCUUUUAAAUUGAAAAGAAAGCUAUUCAUCAUUGAGCGACUGCAUUUGCCUCCAGACUUGUCAGACACAGUGAGCCGCUCAAGCAAACCGGAUCUGGCAGACUCCACCAAGCUGCUGGGCCCAGGCUGUGGCACGAUGGCCGGAGGCAAGAAGCACCUGGACUUCUAGAUGCCUCCCUAGUUGUUGCACGCAGAAUUAUGACACUCUAAUUAUGAGUGCUAAGAGCUUAUGUAAAUAUUUUUCUUAACGAUCUGACCCUCCAAUUCUUGCAAAACACAGGAUUGCAAAAUGAUGCCCCCCAGUCUUCAUUUUUUUAAACCAAAUUUUUGUACAGAAGUAAUACAGAAGAAAUACUUUCAUUUUAAAAAUGUGUUUUAUGCUACCUCUAAGGAAAAUAGGCACUUUUAUUUUUAAAUAAAAUGUCAAAAGUUCAAGAUGCCACACAGUGGUCAUGGCUGUAUAUUUAUUAAGGCACUUAGCUCACGGUAAAGUGCGAGUCACAGAGGGGGUAGCGUAUAAAGCAUUCUGAAAUUCAAAAUUGUGUAUGAAAAGCGUAUUUUCUCUUUCUUAAAAAGUCACUUGCCACCAAAAAUGCUAAGCUUUAUAAAACAUUGAAAAAUGUGUUUGCUAAUAUAUGAAGACCAAUAAUAAAAUGAAUUUGCAUUUAUGCAUCCUAUGAUUAAAUUGAUGAAGACAAAAUAAUAUUUUGGGAUUAAGCUCCAUUAAAGGUAAUUAGUCUGCUGUAGUAGUUAAUGAAUAUAAAGGACUUGAGUGCUAGAAAGCAUAGAGAAAGAAGUUGAUGGUCUUCUAUUUAGUAAUCUUAAACAAUUGAAGUCAGCACUACGAAAUUAUGUCAACACAUAUAAUUUGAGAUUGAAAUUCAAACUGACAGCUACAUUCAUGCUAAAAAACUGGCGAAAACAUGUAUGGAAGCUUGGUGAGGGAUUUUUACAGAACAUAGAGCUGAGACAAAGCAGAAAACGAGCUAACUCAGCCUGCAUCAGGUAAACUCUUUGUUAAUUGUGAACAUUGGGCACUUACAUUUAUAACCAUAUAGACAUGUAUUUGGGGUUUAUAGCAUACUGAACCAGUUUUCAUAUGAAACACUAGGAUUUUGAAUCAUAAUUCUACACUCUCACAGCUUUUGAUAAAUAGACCAAAAAAAUUUGUUGAGUAAUUUGCAUAUGUAAGUAAAAAGUUUCAAUUUUUUAAAGCUAUUUAAAGCUGUUACAACCUAAAUUUCCUAAAUACAUUUUCAAAUAUGUUAGAGUAUUUUGAAGCAGUUUUAUAACUAGCAUUUUAAGUAGUUUGCUUUUAAUAUACCACAAAUUACACUUUAUUUGUUCUUGACAACAUUGUAGAAAACAAAGACUAGGUUUUUAAACUGUCUAACCAAUCUGAUGAAUGUCAGUCACUUAAAAAAAAACCCACUGUAGCAUAAACACACACUGUAUACAGCUUUUAUUCAGAAUUAGAAUAAUUGAAUCAAUGACAGUGAUUCGCCAGGAUGUCAAAUCUCUCCAUCAGAUCCUGUCACUACCAGUUUAUUUUUUGUGAUCAAAAUCAAAAAGACAACUAUUUUGUCACCCACUAUUUCAUUAGUACUAAAAAUCAAUUUCUUUUUUUCUUUCUUUUUUUUUUUAGAAUGUCUGGUUUAUUUUUUUUUUCACUUCUUUUAAUUCAAGAGACACAAAUUCUUUCCCAUUUUCAUUUCAAAAUAAAGUUUCAGAAUUGAUCUGUCAGUUAAAAUUAGAGGGCUUUUUAUAUUAAGCAAAGGUGCUUUUAAAAUUUAAAGCAACUUCAGAAACUCAAUUUAGUCCAUAGAUAAUAAAGCAUGUGCAGUUACUCCCCAAAAGCUUUGCUAUAUCCUUUGAAAGCAUUAUGAACAAUCUGAAUAAGUUGAAAUGACUAGUUUAGUCUGGUUAUUAUUUUAAUAACUCUAACCUUUUUCUUACCGUGUUGUGACUCAUUUAUGCAAACACACAAUGGAACAAUUACAUAGCAUUGGCCUCUGAAAAAAAAAAUGUGAGGUCAUCAGAUAUGUAAAUUGCUUGUCAAAAAUACUUAAUAGGUCAUUGAUUUACUACCCUGGCUACCAUGUCUAUAAAAUUAGCAGCCAAUUACUAGUGAAUGUAUGCUUUGCAAACAGAUAAGUGCUAUAAAAAUUGAGCAUAUUUGAUCCCAACUUAUUUUAAAUAUAAAAGAAACUUUUCAAACUCAGUAAAAGUGCAUUUUGAACAAUAGUACUUGGGCCUUCCAAAAAUUAGAUGCAAGUGUUUGGUUGUUCUGAUUCACUAGCCAGGCUUUGUAAAAAUUAGCUACUGAAGAGGGAUGUAUAUUUUUGUUUUCCUCUGAUAAAAAUGUAUUUUCCUUCUGGAAGCAUUAUCCAAUUAGCCAUAUGUUAAUAAUUUACUACAUAAAAAUAUCACUGAUGCUACCAUAGGUAUAUGGACCAUUUUUGAUACAUGAUGAAAUAUACAUUCUAUAAACAGAUUUUUUCAGUUAUCAACUUAUCUCAAUACUUAUGUAACAAUGGCAAGCAGAGUUUUUUUAAAAUGUUUCUAAAACUUCAAAACCCUCUCUGGUAUUCAUUUCUUACGCUAGAUUUGCCUUUUUUUUGGUGAGGUAAAUAUUUUGACCACUGCAGUCUGCUCAGAUCCUGGGGUUCUAAGACCUUAGGAAUUACUUUCUGGUAACCACCAAUUUCCACUUUUGUCUUUCUCUCUUCCAUUUAUUCUUUAUUUGUACCUCCGGGAUCUGUGAUCACUAACACUACACAAAAUAAAACUACUUCAAAAGAA